AUGGAUGAAUACAAGAAAACUUAUCCACGGAAAGGAAAUGAAAUAAAAGCAGGCAUUUGGUGGGACUUGGCAGUACAAGGGAGUGAACAGAAAGAAAGAAUAAAAAAAACGGAAAACAGGAAAUUUACUGAAAGCAACACAGUCUUUAAUCAAAUCUCCCAAGAGUCGGACGACCUUAACUUUACUCACAAAUAA